AUGCUGACUAAAGCUGUGGAUAGGACUGCGCUGACCCAUUUCUUCUGUAAUGAAGCAGCUUCCGGGCACAGAGCACCAGCAGUAAACAUGGCGGAGGAGCUGUUGGAAGCGGUGGAGAGACUUCAGUCUCGGCUCUCCGAGAACCUAGAGCCUCGCAAGGUAAUAAUCGAAAGGGCCAGAAUGGAACAGCAAGGUUGUAGCGGAUGACUUGCGCCCUCUAUAAAUUUUCAAAUAUUGUCGCGUGGGAGGUAACAGUAGUUUCGCGAAUGUAGCUAGCUAGUGCUUUUUCUAAGAUCACGUCACGAUAUGUAGCUUAGCCUACUAACUGGGUUUCUUAACCAGAGUUCAUGUUAAGUUUAACCUAGUCCUCGAGCUACCUGCCAAUUCCGCAGACCUGUACUUUAUGAAAUGGAGCCUGUCACUGCUAAUAAAGUGCCAAUAAUGUAGCCAGUUAGCUAGUGUUGAAACAACCACAACAAGCGAAAACGAAGCGAGGUCCUGGCUAGAAGGGAUCCAGCUUUUGUCAAAUUAACGUCAAGAUUUCACUUUUCGUAGCAGGUUAGGAGAAUGUACGCAGCAGGUUAGAAUUAACGUAGCAGGUUAGGCGAAUUAGGCUAUGGCAAGGAAAAUGGGUUAGCUUAAAUGCAAAACAUUUCAACUUUUGACGUUAAUUUGACAAAAACUGCAUCCCUUCUAGACAUGACCCCACAGCGAUUGUAUAAACUCCACGAUCGAGUGACCGCAACAGCAGCACGGGCCUAGUUGUUAGAUUGUUGCACAUUAUUCAAUGGAUCAGUACAAGUUUAAGGGCAACAACAAUACAUUCGGUCAUAGUGCCUUAUUGUGAUAUCGGCCGUAUCUUAAUUGUGUCUCAUUGAACAUAUAAAUCCCUGCACACACUGCCAUGUUGUGGUGGAUGUUUGUCAGCUGAUCAACUUUAGUAAACACAACCCCCUCUCCGGAUAUGUGUAGCUAGCCUACCCCCACAACCCCCUCACAUAGUCCACGACAAUGGACAAAUCUUGAUGACACCAUGACGGUGUGCAAUUUGGGCAAAUUUGUGUAGUCAAAUUCUGAAUCAAGCACAGUCUGAAAGUACUACACAGUUUGACAUAGCCUACAAAGUCAAAUUACCAGUUGGCCUACACCUUUAUACAUAUAGCGCACACUUUCACACAGUAGACUCAUGUUUUCAAUGCUUUGAUUUUGUAAAUAUUGUUAUCUCUUUAUAUUUCAUUAAUUCAAUGAUCAGCAGCCUUGAAUUAACCUGAACGUUACCUUUAACAAGCUUUGUGUGCACUUUGCUAGUGUGCAGACUGUUCUGUUCUUCUCAGAAUCAGGCUAGCUAGGUUGAUCAGUACAGAGGAUGUAGUGAGCGCUCUGUAAUUCUUGUGUAUUUGCACUAUCUAGCUCCUGAAGACCCUCAAAAGGCUGGGGGAGCUGCCUAUGACUGUGGAUAUCCUUGUGGUAAGAUUUUGAAACAAUGUACAGUGAGGGGAAAAAGUAUUUGAUCCCCUGCUGAUUUUGUACGUUUGCCCACUGACAAAGACAUGAUCAGUCUAUAAUUUUAAUGGUAGGUUAAUUUGAACAGUGAGAGACAGAAUAACAACAACAAAAUCCAGAAAAACGCAGGUCAAAAAUGUUAUAAAUUGAUUUGCAUUUUAAUGAGGGAAAUAAGUAUUUGACCCCUCUGCAAAACAUGACUUAGUCCUUGGUGGCAAAACCCUUGUUGGCAAUCAGAGGUCAGAUGUUUCUUGUAGUUGGCCACCAGGUUUGCACACAUCUCAGGAGGGAUUUUGUCCCACUCCUCUUUGCAGAUCUUCUCCAAGUCAUUAAGGUUUCGAGGCUGACGUUUGGCAACUCGAACCUUCAGCUCCCUCCACAGAUUUUCUAUGGGAUUAAGGUCUGGAGACUGGCUAGGCCACUCCAGGACCUUAAUGUGCUUCUUCUUGAGCCACUCCUUUGUUGCCUUGGUCGUGUGUUUUGGGUUAUUGCCAUGCUGGAAUACCCAUCCACGACCCAUUUUCAAUGCCCUGGCUGAGGGAAGGAGGUUCUCACCCAAGAUUUGACGGUACAUGGCCCCGUCCAUUGUCCCUUUGAUGCUGUGAAGUUGUCCUGUCCCCUUAGCAGAAAAACACCCCCAAAGCAUAAUGUUUCCACCUCCAUGUUUGACGGUGGGGAUGGUGUUCUUGGGGUCAUAGGGAGCAUUCCUCCUCCUCCAAACACGGGGAGUUGAGUUGAUGCCAAAGAGCUCGAUUUGGUCUCAUCUGACCACAACACUUUCACCCAGUUCUGCUCUGAAUCAUUCAGAUGUUCAUUGGCAAACUUCAGACGGGCCUGUAUAUGUGCUUUCUUGAGCUGGGGGAUCUUGCGGGCGCUGCAGGAUUUCAGUCCUUCAUGGCGGAGUGUGUUACCCAUUGUUUUCUUGGUGACUAUGGUCCCAGCUGCCUUGAGAUCAUUGACAAGAUCCUCCCGUGUAGUUCUGGGCUGAUUCCUCACCGUUCUCAUGAUCAUUGCACCUCCAAGAGGUGAGAUCUUGCAUGGAGCCCCAGGCCGAGGGAGAUUGACAGUUCUUUUGUGUUUCUUCCAUUUGCGAAUAAUCGCACCAACUGUUGUCACCUUCUCACCAAGCUACUUGGCGAUGGUCUUGUAGCCCAUUCCAGCCUUGUAUAGGUCUACAAUCUUGUCCCUGACAUUCUUGGAGAGCUCUUUGGUCUUGGCCAUGGUGGAGAGUUUGGAAUCUGAUUGAUUGAUUGCUUCUGUGGACAGGUGUCUUUUAUACAGGUAACAAGCUGAGAUUAGGAGCACUCCCUUUAAGAGUAUGCUCCUAAUCUCAGCUCGUUACCUGUUUAAAAGACACCUGGGAGCCAGAAAUCUUUCUGAUUGAGAGGGGUCAAAUACUUAUUUCCCUCAUUAAAAUGCAAAUAAAUUUAUAACAUUUUUGACCUGUGUUUUUCUGGAUUUUGUUGUUGUUUUUCUGUCUCUCACUGUUCAAAUAAACCUACCAUUAAAAUUAGACUGAUCAUUUCUUUGUCAGUGGGCAAACGUACAAAAUCAGCAGGGGAUCAAAUACUUUUUCCCCUCACUGUAUGCUCAUGUCAUGAUUCUUCUUUCAUAAAUGCAAAUGUGAUAGUAUCUCUGUAGUCUUCAAGACUGCACACAUUGGUUGCAUUGCACUAUAGUUCCUCACAGUGUUCUUUUAGAAGAGGAAUCCAAAUACAGGCUCUGGUUUUGCAACAUUCUCCUAGCCAGCUGCUUUAUAGGAGUUGAUGUGCUGUUCAAUAUUGUCAAGCAACCUUCAGAACAUGCUCACUUCCUUUUAUGAUGGGCAAUAAUGCUAAUGUGGCCUGUUUUUAUGUGCAUUACUAAGUGUACUGGCAUGCUCACUUAACCAUUAGAGCGCCUGAAUCUAUACAAACCAUGUUGCUCUCCAAACAUGACCCACACGACACCAGUGUCAAAACAUAAUGUACUGAUAAUGAGGACACCCGCCUACUAUCUAUGUCAUGCUUAUAUUUUGUUCUCGCCGGUGCAGGAAACUGGAGUAGAAAAAACUGUGAAUUCGUUCCGGAAACAUGAUCUUGCUGGAGAUCUUGCGAAGAGCCUUGUGGCCAAGUGGAAGAAACUGGUUCCCACCCCGUCUGCUGAAAGGUACGCUAUUACUGAGGGAUUGGGGGACUUCUUCUGAUUUGUCUUCUUCGUCUUUUUCUCAGCGUAUUGUCAUCUAAAUUCUACUGAAGUGUAGCUUUGUUUUUCUUCUUCCUCACAGACCCGGUAACGCCAAGGACUUACGGACACAUGCGCACCCUCGCAGAUCCGAGGGAACGGACGUAAGCCACAAACGUGUCCGGGAACUAUCCCCGGAGGAGCCUCAUGUAGAGGAGGAGGAGGAGGAAAGAGGCUACCACACCAACUACUCCCCCUCCCCCCCUCAGCACCACUACAGCCCCCCACAGCUCGGCCACAGCGGCCAGCGAGGGGGAUACCAGUCUGAGGGCUACGAGAGCCCCAUGGAGGAAGAGCCAGAGCCCGCGCCCAGCCUCCCUCGCAAAGAGGUCCGACACGCCAAACCACACAAAGAGCCUGGCAGGGAGGAUCGCGGUUCCCACGGCGACUGGGACGAGGAUAGGCGGCGACGUCAUGCCCAGGCGGGCGGUGGUGGUGGUAGCGGCGGCAGUGGCGAAGGGAAGAAGUGCAGCGCGGAGAGGGAACCGCAUCACAUUGGCAAGGCCUCCAAGCACAGUCGGCACUCCACCCCGCACGAGAGCAAGAAGGACAAGAGAGGGGGAAGUGAUGGUGAGUGUGCUGCCGAGUGAGUUUGCUGAGAGAAUUUCACUGUGACUUCUGUGUCAUUGUGACAUUUACAGAGAGGCUGGUUCUCAAAUGACACCCUAUUCCAUAGAUGCCUCUUUCAAGCUUUGAGUCACUGUUGGGCUGUUGGCUUGUUAAUAGAUGGUUUUCCAGUCAUGUAUUAUAUUUAUUUAACCAUGUCGGUUAAAACCAAUCUGAGCUGGUCAUGGGUGCACCUCAGCCACGCUCAAGGUCCUAAACGAUAUUAUAACCGCGAUCGAUAAUAGACAGUACUGUGCAGCCAUCUUCAUCGACCUGGCCAAGGCUUUUGACUCUGUCAACCACCGCAUUCUUAUUGGCAGACUAAAUAGCCUUGGUUUCUCAAAUGACUGCCUCGCCUGGUUCACCAACUACUUUUCAGAUAGAGUUCAAUGUGUCAAAUCGGAGGGCCUGUUGUCUGGACCUAAUUCUUGGGCCGACUCUUUUCUCCGUGUAUAUCAAUGAUUUCGCUCUUGCUGCUGGUGACUCUCAGAUCCACCUCUACGCAGACAACACCAUUUUGUAUACAUCUGGCCCUUCAUUGGACACUGUGUUAACAAACCUCCAAACAAGCUUCAAUGCCAUACAACACUCCUUCCGUAGCCUCCAACUGCUCUUAAACACUAGUAAAACUAAAUGCAUGUUUUUCAAUCGAACGCUGCUGGCACCCGCCCACCCGACUAGAAUCACUACUCUCGACGGGUCUGACCUAGGGUAUGUGGACAACUACAAAUACCUAGGUGUCUGGUUAGACUGUAAACUCUCCUUCCAGACUCACAUUAAGAAUCUCCAAUCCAAAGUUAAAUCUAGAAUCGGCUUCCUAUUUCACAAAAAAGCCUCCAUCACUCAUGCUGCCAAACAUGCCCUCGUAAAACUGACUAUCCUACCGAUCCUUGACUUCGGCGAUGUCAUUUACAAAAUAGCCUCCAACACUCUACUCAGCAUAUUGGAUGUAGUCUAUCACAGUGCCAUCCGUUUUGUCACCAAAGCCCCAUAUACUACCCACCACUGUGACCUGUACGCUCUUGUUGGCUGGUCCUCACUACAUAUUCGUCGCCAAACCUACUGGCUCCAGGCCAUCUAUAAAUCACUGCUAGGCAAAUCCCCGUCUUAUCUUAGCUCAUUGGUCAACAUAGCAACACCCACCCGUAGUAUGCGCUCCAGCAGGUAUAUCUCACUGGUCAUCCCCAAAGCCAACACCUCCUUUGGCCGCCAUUCCUUCCAGUUUUCUGCUGCCAAUGACUGGAACGAACUGCAAAAAUCUCUGAAGCUGGAGACUCUUAUCUCCCUUACUAACUUUUAGCAUCAGUUAUCAGAGCACCUUACCGAUCACUGCACCUGUACACAGCCCAUCUGAAAUUAGCCCACCCAACUACCUCAUCCCCAUAUUGUUAUUUAUUUUGCUCAUUUGCACCCCAGUAUAUCUAUUUGCACAUCAUCUCUUGCACAUCUAUCAUUCCAGUGUUAAUACUAAUUGUAAUUAUUUUGCAUUAUGGCCUAUUUAUUGCCUUACCUCCAUAACUUGCUACAUUUGCACACACUGUAUAUAUAUUUUCUGUGGUAUUUUUGACUUUGUUUUGUUUUACCCCAUAUGUAACCCUGUUGUUUUUAUCGCACUGCUUUGCUUUAUCUUGGCCAGGUCGCAGUUGUAAAUGAGAACUUGUUCUCAACUGGCUUACCUGGUUAAAUAAAGGUUAAAUAAAAAUGAGAACCAUUUUCCCAUUAACCUGAUCCUGAAAGAUGUGGGUUGUCUCUCACCCACUUCUCUCUUUAAAAAACGACAUCCCAUUAACAUUAUUCCCUCCUUGUUCUCCUUACUCUCUAGGGAGGUCACGUGAGCCGAGGGACUCCCCUGUAUUAGUCCAGGCGCCUGAGGAGCAGGCGGAAGAGGCAUUUGAUACCCCCACCAUGUCGUUUGAAUCCUUCCUCACAUAUGACGCCCCUACGCCCACUAAGAAGAAGAAGAAGCCCGGCAGCAGCAGCAGUCGGCCCUCCUCCCACCACCACACACCUCCUCGUCCGCCUGUCCAGCCCUCGCCUGCUGCUCCUUCCUCCUCCAAGGAGUCCAAACCCAGCAAGGCCAACGGGAGCCGCAGCAAGAGGGCGGGUCCAGCCCCGACCUCGACAGCAACGACUCCGGUGCCUGAGAAACGCAGCAAGGUAAGAAGACCUUCACUGAACUUUUCCUCUCACAAGAUGCGUAUGUUCAAUUGGAGAAUGUUAAAUUUGCUGUCAUAUUUUUGGGGGCUGUACAGUAAGUCCUUACGAUAUGCUUUUAUUAACCAGUUACCCUGACCCUGAUGUUCUCAUAUUAUGAGAGUCCUUGUUCUCAGGUUCUUGACUGAACUUUCUCUUUAAUGUACUCUUUCUUUUACCCCAGGUGGUCGAGGUUGUGUCCACACUUCCUGAAAUCCCUCUGCCGGCCAUCCAACCUUACUACAGACCUCUGCCUUCCAUUGAUCUCACACCAUUGUCCCCUCAGCGGCGCAAAGGUACUUAUUAUUAUUCCUUCACACUGUGAAUGUCUGUGUGUGGGUAUGUUCCAAUAUCCAUACUUGUGUACAACUGAGAAUGCAUUGCCAAUACAUUGAUUCAUUCUAUGUAGUAUGCUAGCGUGGAUAUCGGAAGUACAGUUUGUAUGUGUUGGACUUGUCUGGACUUGUAAUUUGGGUACAUUUGUAUUAAGAUAUGCGUUACUCUCUAGGCCUAAUACAGUUAGUUCUGAUUGUCGGUAAUUUCUCAUGUUUAACUUUUGCCCUCUUUCCUGCAGGUCCUGUGUCAAAUGACGCCGAGGAGGACACCGUCUUCACUGGGAGACGCUUUAACUCUAAAAUGACAGUCUACUCAGGUUCAAAGACGUCCUACCUGCCCAAGAUGAUGAGUCUGUACGAGCAGUGCAUCAGGGUGCUUCAAAACAACAUUGACUGUGAGUGUUGUCUCCUAGUGACACUGUGAAUGCCAUGUAAUGGCGCCGUUAUCAUAAUGCUUAGGUUUUAUUUCAAUUUCUGUUAUCACAUAUGUAGUUAAUUUAGUCAAGUGUAAAUUAUAUGUUAAUGUAGUACACCUAACAUCUCCCAAAAGAGAGAAGGCAAAGACAUGGAUCACUUAACCCAUUUAUAAUGGGCAAUUGUUCAAACACCACCAACUUAAUUGUCGUGUGGAUUCUUAUGGCUGCUGGCCCACUUAGAUCCACUUGCACACAGUCUUAAAAUAAUUUAACCAAAAAUAAGAACAACACGUGACUUCCUCUUUAACAUUACACCCGCAUGGAACACUCCUCGAAGACUUAUAUUUGUCUAGGUCCAGGAAAUGUAUUCUAACCACAGCUCUGUCCAUGCUUUGUCCACACUGUCAUUCUUUAUCUGAGAGAUACUUAACACCCUGCUGAUUGUGUGAGUCACUGUAUAAUGAGAUGCUUACUGUAUGUUUGUCCAGCAAUUGAUGAGGUGGGAGGCGUGCCAUUUAAGAUUCUGGAACCAGUACUAGAGCGAUGCACCCCUGAACAACUUUACAGAAUUGAGCAGUGCAAUCAGGUAACACACACACACACACACACACACACACAAUCAAAGUAGCGUCUCACACAUGAAUGCACAAACCCUCACCCAGUACGAGAUGGUCAGUGAGCAUGUAGUACACAAGUUCUCAUGCUCUGCCAAGUCAUACUGUAUACCAGGAAGACCCUAGGUGAAGUGUACAAACAAAAACUUGACUCCUAACUGUUAUGCUUUGAACAAUGAAUUGUGUUUACUCUCGCUACUAAAUUGUAGGAUAUAUUUCAUGUAGUUGAUCAUUUUAACCCUAAUUCUUUCCUCUCAGUGUUUUAUGGAGGACUCUGAUGAGCUUUGGCAGCGCCACUGCCAGCGGGACUUCAAGCGUGAGACGCCCCAGGAGUACGAGUCGUGGCGGGAGAUGUACCUGCGGAAGUACGACGAGCGGGAGGAGCGCCUGCGCAAGCUCACCCAGAACAUCAGCUCGGCCCAUGCCAACAAGCCCAAAGGUGCUUUCUCUAUGUCCUAUCUAUGACCGGAAUCCUACUAAACAGUAAUUAUUACUAGGAGUUAUUGUUAUCAUCAAUGAAAGUGUACAGAAGGUGUUUAUUUUGAGUGGGCAUGUGUUUAUAUGUUUGUGUAUUUUCCUGGCAGGUCGAGAGGUUAAAAUGGCAUUUGUCAACUCCGUCGCCAAACCUCCGCGUGAUGUCCGCCGGCGACAGGAGAAGUUUGGCACCACAAGCACCUCCACUGCCAGCUCCACCGUAGCUGCAGCUCCGAUCAAGUAUGUGGACACUAAUGUGCAUACCACAAUCACUAUCACACACUGCAUAGUAGGGAACACUCUUCAUGUUGGCACUUCCAUGUUUAUUUUUUCCUACUUACAUAUCCAUAUACGAAGACAUGACUGGCUGAAUGGUAACUUUAUAUGCUAACAAGUAAUUCAGACUCUCAAACUUAUUCUCAAAGGUCCACUACAUCAUAUUUUAAUCUACAAGUUGUGAUUCCGUUAUGAUUCUAUGUGAAUUGUUGCAAUGUCAUCAUGGGGAAUUAUAAAGGUUAACCAAGUUCACACAGAGGGGUUACGAUUCCUAACGUGCAUUUAAUUAAAAUGCCGUAACCCCCUGAAGGACACACAGCUUCAGGGAUGCCAGAGUAGCCAGAGGACUGUAUGUUAAACAGGAAGGGCAAGAGACCGAAGCCACAGAUUUUCCAGUGUGUUCAAUCCGACAGCAGGGUGAGGAUGGAGGCUAGAAGAGAAGAGCGCAUACAAACAUUCCGGAAUUUCCCCACCACCAUCAAACACUUUGUUAUAUUGGCACUUACAUUUUCAUAUACACAGAAAUGCUUGGCUGAUUGCUAACUUAAGAAAAUAUGCACUACAUCAUAUUUGUGUCCCAAAUUUGACCCAAAUAUGUCUUGUUUGAGGAAUGAACAGUCAUAAGAUAUUAUAAAGGUUCAACACACUGGAGGAUGAAAUGGAAGAGAGACAGACAUUCUGACGUUUUCUGGCCAUUCCGAACUUGCAGCGAGACAUUGUGAAAGCUAGACAGGAAAAUAAAGCGUGACAGUUGUUCAAUCUGAAGAUAUAGCAGCUAGGCUACAUGAGUAAAGAAGAGCACAUAGAAAUGUUCUUGAAAUGUUGAUCGCAUCACUUACUUGUUUUCCGAGUAUUCCGAGAUGGAGCUUAUAAUGCCCCCCCCCCCCCCCCGGAUUUGAAAACACACUAUAAUGAAAAUCUACUGUUUUGUAUUUUUCUGUACACUGAUUGGAUUGACCUUCCUGUUUUUUCUUUUCAGAAUAAGGCCAGCCUUGUCGUAUAGCUCUCACUCGGCUGAGCCCAGCUACUCCUCCUCUCAUGACAGUCCCCCUGAGACCUCUUGCUCCUCAGGCCCCAGCGGUGGGGGUGGGCCCAGUGCCAGAGACAACAAACCACAGGUCAAAAGUGAGUAUCGUGUGUAAGAAAAUAGGUUAAGGUAUUUAUAUUAGACUCAACAUGCAUGUAAAACAAAAGUACUUUCCUGAUUUAAAACGUGUUGACUUUAAUCUCUGAGAGGACAUGUCUGCGUGGUUAACUUUUCUGCUGUUAAAAUGUCACAUCUGUUUGUCUUGCAGAAAUCGCCCCCAUGAUGGCCAAAACUAUCAAAGCUUUCAAGAACAGAUUCUCCCGCCGAUAG